UCAAAGGUUUAGUAAAAUUAUAAGUACUGUUUAACGUCCACGCCCACACCUUAUACGUUCACAACUAAAGACCUUUUACGGAAAGGAUUUAAUAAGCGGUUUUGAUGGAUUCCACCGUUUGCAUUCGUGUCAAGAAUAGAAAAACGACUAUAUUCAUAGAACAUUCAGAGAUGGGAACCUUGGAAGAGCUUGUUAAAAAAAUUUCUGAUAUUUUGAGUUUAAAUGAAGAAAAUAUCCGUCUACAUAAAGUUGAAGUUGGGCAGGAGAGCUAUAAAGACGCCGGACUUCUCACUGAACUUAAUAAAACCUUAAAAGAUAUUGAAUUCAAAAAUGAGGGUGUGAUUGGCUACACCUUAAAAAAGGAAGAUGGAGAGUUUGAAGAUUUUCUUAUAGUACCAACCACAGCGCCGAAACUCUGCUAACUUGUUAAGUUUUAAAGUUAUACAAAUGGGGGCUGGCAAAACCCUCGUUUCGAUGGACCUCUUGUGCUCUCGCCUUUUUAUAUUUAAUUCUUUACGUUUGCUUCCUCAGUAGAAGUUUAUAGUUUGACGUGGUCGUCCCCUUUAAUAAUUUAUAACUUAUAGUAUUUAAUAGUUUUUCCUACUACAUGU